CACUCUCCACUCCACUUUCUACGAUCCAAGUCACCACCAGCCGCGGCUAUCCCCCAGAAACCCUCAGUUCAACAACACCAUCAAAGGGUUACAGCAAAACUCGAGUUUAUGUCAAUCAUCGAGAAUCUCAAAGACAAGGACCCGUUCGCCGAGGCCGACGACGACUCUGGCGAGAAGGUCCACAAGUCCCAGGACUACAUUCAUAUUCGUAUCCAGCAGCGCAAUGGUCGUAAGACCCUUACUACUGUCCAAGGUUUGAACAACCAGAAAUUCAACUUCGAUCUGAUUAUCAAACACUUCAAGAAGAAGUUCGCUUGUAAUGGUACUAUCGUCCCGGAAAGCAGCACCCACAAAGAGGUGAUUCAACUUCAAGGUGACCAGCGCAAGAACGUCUAUGAGUUUCUUACCUCCAAGGACUUCUUGAACAUGGACGCCAAGACUAUCAAAGUCCACGGUUUCUAAGCAACAAAUGCUCUGAGCCCCCGAAACA